AUGUUCUUGACCGUCUACGACUCCCAGAAUCGCUCGCUCAAUGCCUAUGUGCCGAUAUUUGUGGAUAUGGAGUUCAUAGAGGACCACGCGAACCUCCUGGUCUUCUGGGAAUGCAUGCGGAUCAUAGAGAUGUUUUUCAUCGUCGGCUCGACUUUUGUCUACGUUCCUUAUCUACGCGUAAUCCGGACGUGCGGCCGUUUCCACGGGAAUCUCUGCCGCGUGUUUUAUGUGCUCAGCCUACACCUGUUGAUUGAGCAACACCUACGUAUCGUAUUACUUUACUAUGAGGCGCAGGGGACGAUAUUUGUCGCCUUCCCCCUCCCAGUGCCUGUCAUCCUCGGUGUCGGGCUGGUGCGCGUCUACGUCUUGCUUUUCCUCAGCUCGUUCGUACCGCUCAUCACAAUGGAACGAUUCAUGGCCACAGUCUAUCUCUGGGAUUACGAAAAAUCACCACGGCGCUGCCAGGCCUGGACUAUGCUCAUUGGGGCGAUCAUUGCAUUUAUCUGUAUAUCGAUGUUUGUGGCUAUAGGGCUCGCCUCGGACUUCACGAUUGCUGUCAUCAUCUCGGCAAUUGGGUUGAUGUUGAUGGUCAUCGGCUCGGGUUCGGUGUGCCACAUGCUUUACCUCCACAACAAGAGGGUACUCUACUGGCUCGACAACCGGAAUACGCUUCAACCGGACGACGUCCUUUUUCGGAAGCUGUUGCAUAAACCCUACGACCUAUCGGUUAGGUAUCAAAUCAAGGAGAAUAUGCGGGUCUUUGAUAUUUUACGUCGUUUUUUACUACUUACAACUACCGCCGAAGCUACUGUAAUUCUCCUGGUGUCACUGCUAUUUACAUGUUUUGAUGAGCAAUCUCGAUUUGCACAAAUACUGAUGAUACUUGUCGAUUUUUGCCUGACAUUCAUGUUCUUCGUCUACCCCUUAACAAUACUGUAUGUGGUACGGGAAUGGGGCGAGAAAUAUGUGGAUAUGUGGAGGCGUCUCUUUACUUCCGCCAGGUCAUUCGUCCGAACUCCUGUCGUUGCACCUACGAUUGACUACUCAGCGGAUACCGAUCAAUAUUUUAAUUAUUAUAAACAGGCGUGUUCUACGACGAAUCUGGGAACCCAGGAACUCCUUCUGGGAAAAUCCCGAACCGACAAGGAUCCCGAUAAUGUGAUAGCGGUUCACGCUCGAGAUCGGGCUCAGGCUCGCCGGCUAGUGACAAGAACCGGAAAAGAGGACCUCGAAUUCGAGCCCGGGAUCCGCCUCCCCAUCGGCAUCUCCCGGCUUCCCAAGUUCUGGGAUCAAUUUUGGGGCUCAACCCGGGGCAUGCCCCGAAUCGUCACAAUCGGUGCGGCCCCGACGGCCCUAGGAGCCUGCUACCGGCUGGCCGAGCUGAAGCGCGAGGGAGCGCCGGAGGCAGAGGAUGUUGAGAUUCUGUGCUUAGAACAGGAAGCCAUCGCAGGAGGCCUGUCAUGCACCGUCGAGGACGACAAGGGUUUCCUCUGGGAUAUGGGCGGCCACAUCACCUUCAACCACAACUUCCCCUACUACGAGAAGGCCACCAAGUGGGCGGUAGAGGAGUGGAACCACCUCACCCGGAACUGUCAGGUCGACAUGAACUACAUCUACGGCGAGAAGGGAAUCCACCUGGUCCCCUAUCCAGCGCAGUUUGCCGUUCCCCUAUUCCCAGAUGCCGUGAAGGAGGGUUGCCUAAAGGAUCUGAAGGAACGCUAUGAAAAGGAACCGGAAGGAGAGCCCGAAAACUUCGAAGACUGGGUCCUGAAGCACUUUGGACCCACCAUUCUGGACACCUUCUUCAAGCCGUACACCAAGAAGGUGUGGACGGUGGACCCGGUGAAGAUGUCGCCCAACUGGGUGGGCACGCGCGUCGCCAAGCUGCCGCAGGAGAAGCUCGAGGAGCUUUGUGCCAUGGAUCAGGAGGCGUUGGAGAAAGCCGACUUCGGUUGGGGCCCGAACGCCGUCUUCACGUUCCCCAAGUACGGAGGUACCGGAAACGUGUGGGGCAGCAUGUGCCGAAAGUUGCCCCAGGAGUGGUUCCAGUUCAACUCCAAGGUCGUCGCUGUCGAUUACCAGAACAAGACUGUCGAGUACGUCGUCAAGGGAGAAGCCGAGACCAAGAAGGUAAGCUACGACAUCCUGCUCAAUACCGCCCCGAUCGACAUCUUGGUCAGGGAAACAAAGAUCACCCGCGAGCUGGACUUGCUGAGAAACAAGGUAUUCAUCGUCGGAGUUGGCUUGAAGAAGCCGAUGACCCCGUUCCUGGAGAACUUCACAUGGCUGUACUUCCCCGAUCCGGCCGUCCCCUUCUUCAGGGUGACGAUUCUCAGCCGAUAUGGAGAGGUGACCCCCGACAGCGACAAGUACUGGUCGGUGAUGUGCGAGUGCGCACGAGUGAUUGGAGAUGAGGAUACCGAAGAAGAGGUCACCCAGCAAGCCCUUGAUGGUCUCGUCCUGAAGUCGAUGAUCCGGAAAGAGGACAUCGUUUCUGUAUACUCAACGACGCUGCCUUAUGGAUACCCGAUUCCUACCCCGCAGAGAGAUUCCGAGCUCGCCCGGGCCCACAAGGAGCUCGAGAAGCACAGCAUCUACUCGCGAGGACGAUUCGGAGGCUGGAAGUACGAAGUCAGCAACCAGGAUCACUGCUUCACCCAGGGCAAGGAAUUCGUCGACCGGGUCGUGAUGAAGGAGCCGGAGAAGCUGUACAAGACCGGCGUCGUGGAGCCUGCCAAGCAGGGC